UGCAUUGCGCUGACUUUUUAAUUAUUUUUUAAGGACGCAUACAGUCGUUUAAUAGUCAGCAGGACAGCUGAGCUGCUGUAAGAUAAACUGAAUGGCUGAACCAAUGAAUCUGACAAAAUGAUAAAGAUAGCAUGUCCUGCUCCUUUGUUUCCUGCAUUUCUUAUCUUUUCUAGUUUGCUUCCUAAUCUAGCUGCCAAAUACACCUGGAAAUGUGCGUUAUAAAUAUUGUUGGCUCUUUUGUGAGUCACUUAUAAAAGCAUGUUCUUAAUGUAACUGUGCAUUUCAGUGAAACAGCAGAAUUUAAAUCUGACAAGGUCACACCGGCUUGACUUCCUCCUACUAUCAGUUACCCAAAGCACUGAAGCUUGAUGCCUUUUUCAAGGGUAUGAGGACAAAGCAGGGGAGUGGUCGUGUCCCAGUGGACCAUAACAAUGCCACAUUGAUCACAGGCAUUGAUUUCCUGCUGUUUCAUUUCGAUCGGCGUCCAUACUGCAGAAAUGUAUAGCUGCAGUAACAUGUACCAGCUCCCCUCAGCCAGAAUAGAAGUUAGUGCAUGCAGCACAAACCCACACGAUCAGCUGUUUCUUACAGGACGCUGAGAUCUGUGGGACUCGGAUGCAUUUCAGGCUGCACAAAAGCCACGCGUGGCUCCUAUAAAUCACGGAUGGAGCAAUCUGAGAUGUGUUUGAGUCGGCUGACCUCUGGAUGGCUGUGCGGCUGUGUCAGCACAUAUGCAAAUGCUUCUGUAUACCGGCGGAUUUGGCAGUAGAGAGGUACUGCGGCAGCUCAGGGCUCGGCGGGCAUGGAGCCUCUCAGCCUGCAGGUGCUGGUGGUUGUAACAGGGAGCUUCUUGGGCUUCCAGUGGCUGUUCCACAGAGGUAGCCCUUGGGUGUCUGAGAAGCUCUGCAAAGGCUUCCUGAGGCUCAGCCCUACACAAAGGACAGAGUGGAACUCCAGGGCCGUCUCAACAAUACACGCCUUGGUUGUGGGACUUUUCUGUCUCUACAUAUAUAUCUUUGAUGAACCUAUCCAGAAAGACCCAGUCUGGGGAGAUGCCACAUUGGUGAAGCUAAAUGUGGCCAUUACCUCAGGCUAUCUUAUCUCAGAUCUCCUGCUCAUGUUUACUUCAUGGGAGUCUAUUGGAGAGAAAUAUUUUGUCAUACAUCAUUUUGCUGCUCUCUAUGCAUACUACUAUGUGCUGAGUCAAGGGAUAUUGCCUUACUUUGCUAACUUCCGCCUGCUUUCAGAAUUCUCCACUCCCUUCGUGAACCAGCGUUGGUUUUUUCACAUGUUGGGCUACCACAAACUUUCCAAACCGAGUCUGGUUAACGGUGUCGCAAUGGCAUUUGCAUUCUUCUUGGUGAGGAUCGCAGUCAUUCCAGGCUACUACAGCCACAUGUAUUCGGUCUUUGGUACGGAUGACUUCUACCGGUUACCUCUGGGGGGCCGCAGUGCCUGGGUUAUUUCCAGCGUGUCUUUGGAUGUCAUGAACGUCAUGUGGAUGCGCAGAAUCAUCCGUGGAUGUCUCAAAGUCCUUCGCUCUGCCUGGUCGAGGAAAACAGGAAAUGAGUUGGAAACUAAAAAGACGGACUGACAUGGAGAUUCAGACAGAAACCGAAACACAUGAGCACACAAACCCACAUGCUGGAGUGCAAAUGCCAUAUAUGUUUUGUUAUUCCUGCUGCUGUAAUGCUGUGGCAUCACGACCAUUUAUUGUAUUAAUAAUGACUUACAUGAUGUCGUCUUCAAAUGCGGGCUCAACGGGAGGAAUUCAAUCACAGGCGCUCCUUUGGGUUUUAAGAAAUCAGGUGAUUAAGAGGCAUGAGACUGAUCACAUGUACAAUCAGGACAACAGUUGUGGUUGCACUAUUUAUUAUAAAGCUGCUAUUAAGAUCAACCAACUUGCCUUUAUGAAUGCAAUUAACAAAGCAACAGCACAUCUGAACUUCCACAAAGAUACACAGUGUGUGCCUGUAGACCGUGAUACACAACUUUUUGACUACAAUAUGGAUAGGGUUAUGCAAAUAGAGGAAAUAUAAUGGCCAUUAUAAAUGUAGUGGAAAUGUAUGGGUGAAAAAUCCUGCCUUUGGAGAUCAGCAGUGCAGGAUAUUUUACUUAAGAAACCACGCAUGUCUACAUGUAAUUAUAGCAUAUAUAGAGAAUACUAUGUAUGGAGAGUAUUAUGUCUGGAAUGGAAAACAUAUCAGGUGACACAAUGUUAUAUAAUAUGUGUUUCUGAAAAUCUAUAACUUGACGCAGUAUAAGCUUUUUGCUUGUAAUAUGUGGUUUGUUGGUUGAAUUUGGAAUAACGACAAUAAUUAUAAUAUAUAAGCUUCAGUAAGAUAAGGCUUUUCAGGUUCUGUAUCAUUAUUUACUUAAUAGAUAUGUAUGUGGAUAAAAAUCAACAAUGAUAUGAUUCUUGAAAAAUGGGUAUGAGCUAUUCCAACUGGAAUGAAUUUCUACAAUUCUGUGAUGUCAAAUGCUCAUGUAAGUGACCGGAGAUGUGUGUUUCUGUGGUGUGACAAUGUUUUAAUCUGA